GGCUGAUGUCACACGCCGGCGGGAGGCAGCCGGGCGACCAUGGCUGCGGCCGGCUGGCGCCUGGCGCGGGGCUGCAGCUAGGCGCCCGGGAUGGAGCCGGGCGGGCUCGGGGGCCAGGCCGACUGGAUGCGGCUCCUGCGGAAGCUCAAGGAGGUCUUCGACGUGUGCGACGAGGAUGCGGCCGGCUUCGUCCGCGUGGAGCGUUUCGUCGCCCUGGGGCUGCAGUUCGGCCACGGGGAUGAGGUGGAAAAAUUGGCUAAAUACUUGGACCCAAAUGACCUGGGAAGAAUCAACUUCAAGGAUUUCUGUCAUGGAGUUUUUGCUAUCAAAGGCUGUGAAGAGUUACUGAAGGAUGUGCUGGCUGUCGAAAACCCUGGGUGUUGGCACUACGAGCCGCGGUAUGUGGAUUACUACUACCAGGGUAGCGAAAUCCAGGACGGUGCCUAUUUGGACGGUGAAAGUGUGUACAGUGAGUCCGAGCUGUUUCCUGAUGAAGACACGAUGACCCUGGCCCAGCAAGAGGUCCACCAUGAGUCCGACAUGGACAGUGCCAUCGAGAGUGCGCAGAGCUCUGAGGCAUCCGACGUGUGCGGCAGUGAAGAGAAGGACAGCGUGCUCAGUGGACUCUUUCUGCCUGUAGACAAGUCAAGUCCUCACAACCCCUCUGACCUCUCCACCUAUUCCACCGCCUCUCUGAUCAGUAACGAGGAACAAUUUGAAGACUAUGGGGAAGGAGACGAUGUGGAUUUUACUCCCAGCAGUCCAUGCCCUGAUGAUGAGACCAGAACCAACGCCUACUCUGACCUUGGCUCAUCUGUGUCUUCCAGUGCUGGGCAAACGCCGAGGAAAAUGAGGCACGUUUAUAACAGCGAGUUACUGGACGUCUACUGCUCCCAGUGCUGCAAAAAAAUAAACCUGCUUAAUGACUUGGAAGCGAGGCUGAAAAACUUGAAAGCAAACAGCCCCAACCGAAAAAUCUCAAGCACAGCUUUUGGAAGACAACUCUUCCACAACAGUAAUUUCAGCAGCAGCAAUGGCAGCAUGGAGGACUUGUUCCGAGACAGCAUAGACUCGUGCGAUAAUGAUAUCACUGAAAAGGUCACUUAUUUAGAAAAAAAGGUGACCGAACUGGAAAAUGAUAACAUGACAAACGGAGACCUGAAGAGCAAACUGAAACAGGAAAACACGCAGCUAGUUCACAGAGUUCAUGAACUAGAAGAACUGUUGAAAGACCAAGAGACGUCAGCUGAACAAACACUGGAAGAAGAAAUAAAACGGCAUAGAGAAGCAUACAGCAAGUAUGAAAAAGAAAAGGGCACUGAAAUUGAACUGCUAAAUACAAGGGUUCAACAGCUUGAAGAAGAAAAUGGUGAACUCAAAACCACUGUUACGCGACUGAAAUCACAAACAGAGAAACUAGAUGAGGAGAGGCAACGCAUGUCAGAUAGGUUAGAAGACACCAGUCUGCGGCUGAAGGACGAGAUGGACCUGUACAAAAGGAUGAUGGACAAACUGCGACAGAACAGACUAGAGUUUAACAAGGAGAGGGAAGCUACUCAGGAGCUCAUUGAGGACUUGCGAAAGGAACUGGAGCACCUGCAGCUGUACAAGCUAGAUUGCGAGCGCCCUGGCCGGGGGAGAAGCUCCUCGUCUAGCGUGAGUGAAUUCAACGCAAGAACGAGGGAAGUGGAAAUGGAGCAUGAAAUUAAACGGCUAAAGCAGGAGAAUCAGAAACUUCGUGACCAGAAUGAUGACCUUAAUGGACAGAUCCUAAGUCUUAGUCUUUAUGAAGCUAAAAAUCUCUUUGCAACACAGACAAAAGCCCAAUCACUGGCUGCUGAAAUCGACUCUGCAUCAAGAGAUGAGCUCAUGGAAGCUCUUAAAGAACAGGAGGAAAUAAACUUCAGAUUGCGACAGUAUAUGGACAAGAUUAUUUUGGCCAUCCUAGACCACAACCCAUCUAUCCUGGAAAUAAAAAAUUGAAGGACAAAAAGCAAUUGCCUGAUAUUUCUGCACAUGCCACUGGAUCUAAACAUCACUCUGAUACUGUAAAUGAUUCUAUAUAUAUCUUAUGUGUGAAUGUGGGGGUGUGGGUAUGUUUAUAUGAUGUCUGGUACACUUCUCUGUGAGUCAUCAAAUCGGCUUGAUUCAUUUUUUUCAUGCACUUUCAAUAUCUGUGACAAGAUCGCUACUAUAUAUUAAUGUUAUAACAAUAUAACUGGAUCACGCUGUUUUAGCUACUGGACAUAAUGACUCUACCUCUAGUGGUAAGGGUGAAAUACAGUGGACGCAUAUGGAUGUCUCCCCUCCCUUUGAGAACAAGAAUUACUCUUUCAUUCUUUCAAAUGAAUGAGGGUACUCCCAAAAAUUCAACAUACCCAGGUUUGAUUCCUGUCUGGUGCUGACGACAUCACACUCUCUAUUGAAUUUAGCUUUGCCAGAGCUUUACUACUGAAACCACAGAGGUAAAAAUAAACCUUUGGCCAAACCUGUGCAUUUUUAAAAAUGAAUAUCUGGGGGGGAUGAGGCUCAGACUGCAGAAUUGUUAAUAUCCAUGUAAAAACACCAUCCGCUUGUUUGCCACUGUCAGCAAAAAGUGCUUUUAAUAUGAAGGCCACAUAUCCAAGUUCAGGAUGAUUGCGAGUCUGUCUGGUGUGUGUAUGUGUUGAGCCUGGGUCCCUAUCGCACUGAGGCAUUGCAAUGUACACCCUUAUUUACAGGGGUUUAUCACUGGGCCAUUUACAAUUAAUUCUGGGAUCCAACUCCUCUGCAUUUGAAGGCUUCAACCAGGGAACACAUUCUAUUUCUUUUAACUGUUACUGACUGCAUGCAAAUCCACUUCAUUAUUUUAAAGAAAAACUUUAACUUAAACAAAUAGCUCAAUUCCCUUCCCCACAACCAAAGCACACUGUUGCACUCCUAUGAGAGAGAGAGAGAGCUGGGGGGGGAGGGGCAUGGAAGAGAGAGAAUGGUGGGAUCCUCCUACAGUUUUGUAGUUGGUUAAUCCCUGAUGUAAACUAAUUUUAACCUUUGAGCGGUUAAAAGUAAAAAUCACACUUACUGCACAUUACCUUGGUGUCUUAUGUUCCACCCCCAACCCCACUGUUUCACAAGAGCUUGCAUUCACCACCCACAUUACCCAUCCCAAAUACUACAUCUCCUGUCUGAAUACACACAUGCACACAUUCAUAUGCUCUGAAUUGGGAAAGUACAUAAGCAUGUGCUUAACUUUAAGCAUAUACUGUACUUAGGUCCCAUUGGAGUUAAGGAUAUGCUUAAAGUUAAGCACUUGCAUAAGUACUGUCCUGUCUAGGGAUGGGUUUAAACACCAUUUAUGUGCUUCCUGAAUUGGGUCCAUUUCUUGUAGAAUUAAGACCUUUUAGCUAAAAGUAAAAUCGGCUAGAAGUUAAAUGCUGUGAAAUUUUAUUCCAAGCACUAAACAUUUUGUUUAAAAAAAAAUUUUUUUUGUACACUCUUUAAAGUUGAAAAAAAACAAACACAGUUGGAGAGGAAAAAAAUCCAUCCUUUCAUACCAAUUGGCACAAGCAGGGACACACUCUGGUUGAUUUCUCUGUAAUCAAAUGUCUGGCUUUGCCUACGUGCAUAGAGAUGUGUUCUUGUUUGUUUUAACACGCUCCUUGGAAAUGGACGGUUGCAGUAGAUAUGACUGAUUUUCUGUAUAUACUUGUUGGCAGUUUGUCUCACACCUACCAUUGUCUUUGUGUAUUUUUGUUUGUGUAUCGAAUGCAUUUUUUCCAUAAUCUGAAUACCUAGAGCAUGUAUUCUGUUACUGAUGUAAAUAUAUAUAUAUUUUUUUUUCUGCAGCUGCUGUAAUCUUACCUUCAGUGAUAUCUUAUUGGAGUAACGGGCAGGUGUGGGGAAGCACUGAAAAUUGUCUUUCCUGAAGGCAAGACAAUAAAACCAAUUCAGUUAUUUAUUUGAAUCCGUCAGUUAAGCUCUAGGUAGGGCCACAGGACUGGAGGAGAGCUAAUGAUGAAAAUGUAAUUGUCCUUUCAGGCCUGGGUGAACUGUAUAAGGGCUUAUCUCCAGUGGAAAAAUGUUAUUUUGGUGCUUAACAUUAAACACUUAAGGAUAGAGUCUUAGCAGAGGAGAUUAGGAAGAAGGUAUCUCUAACCCCUUUGCUCCCCUGAUUUUGGAGCAGCCAGAGGGAAAAGUUGAGUCCAAAGUAACUAUGCUAAAUUACAUGGGCUCCGGCAGUCUUGCACUGGUUCCAUCAGUAGGAGAUCAGGCAGAGCAUCAUCCCCUUCCCCUAUAAGGGGGCUGAUGGGGCAACUGAUGAGGUUGAAACAGCUAUGCCAGCUUAAUUCUACCCAAGGAUUUCCCUCUAGUGGAAAGAUCCUCAGCUGUGCUUCAGCACUGAAGUUUCCACUUGCUUUGUGCUGCCUCUAAGUCUGUGCCAUAAAUCUGGCCCUCUGCAUAGACAUGGACUAUCCUGUGUUUAAAAUCGUGUGAGCUGGCCAUAAUUAAUCUUAAGAUGUGAUCUAGGUUUAGGUGGCCCUUGAGGUAAACUACAACCAGCAGACGCAAUACAAGACCUGAUGGUCCUUGUCUGUAAACGUGCUAAGGUACGUUUUUUACCAUUCUAAAGCAAUGAAGUUUGCAGCUGUAGAUGAAGCUACUGCUGUUUCAGAUUGGAAAGUGUUUCCUUAUUUAAAUAUUAGGGGAAAUACUCAGGUUUUCAAACAUUUAUUUAAAAAAAAUGAAGUCCAACAUUCAGAAUUUUGUAGUAUAACACUUUAAAAGCCUUUAUUAGAGCGGGACAGUCAAUUGAUGCUUUGAGUAAAGAGUGACUAAGGUCUUCAGGUUUUGGUUAAUAGAAAAUUAUUAAAUUGGAUGUUUUAGAAGCUGAAAGCCUGAUCCUGCUCACAUUGAACUCAACAGCAAAACUCCCCUGGAGUUCAGUGGAUGCAGGAUUGGGCCGUACAUAAUUAGGGUCAAAUUCGCCCCUGUGCACGGAGAACUUACAUCCGUGGUAAAUAGUCUUAAGUUUCACUUGAAUCCUCACAAUAGCAUUUGGGCUACCUGUACACAUAGGUCAAUUUCAUGCUUAUAGGUAGAUUUUUUUAAAACUGUUUAGCAGUUGCAUGGGGAGCUGCUCGGUGCUGAGAACUUGAAAAUCUGUUCCUCAAUCCAUAGUGUUUGUGAGUGUGCUAAAGCAGUUGCCUUAAAUAGGUUUUGAUUGCAUAGAAGGCAAUUACAUUUCCACUCCUGAGGGGAAUGACUUUGUAUGAUAGCUUGUAUAUUUAUUUUUAAUGUUGCCUUUUCUUUCUGAAUGAAGAAAUUUAUUUUUCUCUCAGGAGUCACUCUUCUAAAAAACAAAACUCUAGUUCUGGCAACUUUAGGUCUAAUUUUAGAUCUGCAGUAACUAGUGACCUGUGUAAGACCAAGUUGUCUUUGGCACAAAAGCCUUGGGACAAAAGGUGUUUUUCAUACAGGUGAUGCAAUGUCACAUCAGUAACAAGGAGUCAUUACCUUGAUGGAGACUUAUGGGAACACAACCUGCUAUUAACAUCUGAACUUGGACACAGCAGAGAGACUGGCCCUGUAGAACAAUUUUGGCAGAGUGGGGAGGAGAGAGCCAGUUGUAGCUCCCAGCUGUGCUGGCUUUUGGAUGCCCCUCUCAACCAUAUAGCAGGGGAAUCCCCAGCAGGGGAAAUGCAAGCAGGACCCAGGAUCUAGUUUGUAUUUACACAUGCGCUGCCUGAGCCUGCAAACACUUGAGCAUAUGUGUAACCACUGCCAUGACUAUUCCCAUUGAACUUGAUGGAACUGUCAACGGAGGAAAGUCACUGAUGUUGACAUUUGUAGGACUGGGCCAAUCCAGUCAUCUGUGCCAUAUUUAGUUGAGCAAUGAUUUACCUUGCUGGGUAGAUUAUUUCAAACUCAGAUUAAAAUAUUAAUCAGUCUAGUUUUUUAAUGUUACCUCCAGUUUAGUAAUACCACAAUACAACGAACAUUUCUAUAUUGAAAUUGAGCUUUUUUGACUCUGACAGCCUAAGUUCUGUCCGAGAUACCAUAUCUGUAUUUAUCUGCUCCUUACAUGGAGCAAGUUCUCUCUACUUCAAAUCCUCAAGCUAAAGCAACAUUGAGGUCAGCCUAAAUGCAAAGGGUUUUUUUGUGCAAUGGAAAAAGACAGUUUACUUCUUGCCAGAAGUCACACUCAAAUAUGAAACACUGCCUAUUGUGGAAAAGGCACGGUUUAUUUAUUUGUUUCAGAGUCACUGAAGUCAAGCCUCAAAUCCUUUCUAACAUCAGUAGUUACACAUUAAGGGGCAGUUCUCCAGUUGAUGCAUAUUUAGUUUUGAUUUCAGUGGAGUGCCACAGAUUUAUACUAGCAGAGGUUCUGGCCAAGAAACUUUAAUUUGUACUGACAUGGGAAGGAGAGAGAAUGUUUGUUUUCCUAUAUUUUUGAAUCAUUUCAGUUUUAUUAGUUCUGAAACUAGAGCUGGUUAGAAAUUUUCAUUUUAAAAAAUUGACAUUGACAAACUUUCACAUGCCCACCCCUGAACUCCUUUUUUUUUUCUUUUUUUUCUGAGCAGAUCUGUAGGAGGGGGACCAAAAAAAAAGUCCAACUAAAAAGCUUACUUCUUUCUUCAAGGCUGUUUUUUUUUUUCCGGGGGGAGUGAAUUCAGGGGUUUUGGGGUUGGUGUUUUUUUUUUUUUUUUCAAUCAGCUCUAUGGAAGAAUUACUAUAGUUUUAAUUAAUCCAGUUGGGACACCAAGGAGAGAUGAAGGUCCGAAUUUCUGCUGGCAUAAAAUGGUAUAGUACUGUUAAUGGACCCAUGCUAGUCAACACCAGCAAAGAAUUUUGCCAGUUAUACUUAUGGUGGCAAUUUAGGACACUAAGGCUAAUGUACAAAUGAGGAGUGUGCCCUGUAAUAACACACUGACCCAGCUGGGGAAGUGGGCUAAUAAGAAAAGUCAGUAUUAAAUGUCCUCUCUGGCCUAGUUCUAGUAGUCUGGGAUAAAGGUCAAGCAUAUUGGAAUUUUAAAAUUAAAUCGGAGAAGUUAAAUACCAGCAAAUACAAGAGUGUCAUCUUUUAAACAAGGGGGAACAGAAACCCUAAUUUGUGUAGUGUUUUCAAGACAACCUGAAUCAGGGGGCCUGGUCGAACUCCCAUUGAAUCAAUGGCAAAACAGCCUGCUGCAUUCCACGGGAGCUGGAUCAGACUUUCUGUGAGCAGAUCUCUCACAGUGUAAGUAAUGUUGCUCAUCUGUGCAUCAAGUGUCAUUACGGUAGCUGCUCCCAGAAAGUGAUCAAAAGGGCAUUGCAGUCAGUGUAACGCAACUAAACUGUAAUGAUAAUGCUUCAAUUUCAUUCCUGUUGUGUAGUGCAUAUUGUUCUAGUACUUUCAAAUAGAGGAGUAUUGAUCUCAACAGCUGUUUGUUACUUGAUGCAUAGCAAGUUGGGGGAGGGCAGAGGGGUGUUAAUGAAACUUUGCAUGUGUGUGUAGAGGUUGAUACGGGUUACAGGAUGCAUUAGGUUUGAAUUCUGUAACCCUGACGUACAACAUUGUUCUGUCUAUACAGGCUCUUUGGUGGGACACAUUUUUUUUUUCUCUUGUACUUUUGUGAGGUCAACUGAACACCUACAAAUGAAACACUUUGGUAACUUAAGUUAAGCAAAGAGUAUGUGAUGUUGGCGUGCACAUUGGCUGAACUGGGUUUGUGGGUUCUUAUAUAGUUGGGAUAGUCUGAGUCUGAUUAUUAGAGCUGGUGAAAAAAAAUUUGUCAGACACUGAAGAAAAAUGGUAUUUUUUUCUUUAAAAUGUUUUAAAAUAUUCCUUUCACUCCCUCCUCCACCCUUUUCCUGUUUCUAUUUUGCUACCAGGAAAGGAGGCUAAAAAAGGGGAGGGAAGCAAAUUAUUUAAAUUUGCAAUUUUGAAAAAUUAACAUUUUUGUUCAAAUUUCCCAUUUAAAAAAAAACUGGCCUUUUUACCUGCUCUAAUAAUUACAUCAUGCCAUUUUGCGUAGUGGAGAUCUAAUUGGUGGUCAUUCCAUUUUCUAAAUCAGAGAGAGAGAGAGAGAAAUCUGAUCAAAAACUUACCAGGGGCAAAUUCAAGUCUGUGGAAGGUUAAGGGUCCUUAACACAGAUUUGUUUACCUACAGAACAAGGCAAAUUAUUGAUAGCUUGUGUAUGUUAAGAGCAACCUGUUUGAGGAGGUUUUUUGGUGCUGAAUGACGGAUUUUAGGAAAGGUAUGAGAAUGUCUUGAAUCUCCCCUUUGGGGACUGAUCCUGCGUUCCUUGGGCAGUCAAAACUCCCACUGACAUGAGGUUUGGCUGUCCAAGGAAUGUAUGCUUAGGUCCUUAAGCUACAGGGGAGCAGUGCUUCAAGCUGCCUGCAUUAUCCAGUUGUCUCAGCCAGGCUGUGGAGCACCUGUUUUCAGGGCUGAGAAGGUAUCAGUAUGGAGACUGAAUAUUCAAGUCUAUAAGGUGGUGGGUUUUUGUGUGAUGGGUCUUGCGUCGCUGGAGGUAUCUGGUAGGCUUUUCCUUCCACUGUUCCUACCACUGUCUUAGAGCAACGUGAUAGCAACAACAGGAACACUAAUGUAGACUGGAUGCUGGAGUUUGAACCCUCGUGCUGCCCUGCCCUGAGCAGGUAUAAAUGAUACAGUGCUUGAAAGAGAAGCUGAGCCCAGUACCUUGUCUAUGUUAGAGCCCCGCUGCUUCUAUCACUGAUGGAGGUGAGCCAGCAUUAGCAACAAUGAGAGGUGGUUUUAGAGGAGGGAAAAAAAGCCUAUUGUAGGUAAGGGCUUAAUGGCCCUAUUUACAGUGACCAAGGAAAGUGUGUUAGCAGGAGAGCUGGUUUAAAAAAAAGUGUUGGAGGAGAUCCAAAAUUUUGCCAACAUUUCUACUGAACUUUUCCAAACGUCAAAAUUUUACCAAUUUCAAACAAUGUGACCAGCUCUAGUUCGUGGCUCUGUAGUGAGCUGUGCUUUGGCUUAAUACAGAGGUGUUAGCCUCAUUUCUUUGGCCAGCGUGAAGAGGGCCUCUGUAACAAAUUAUGUGGGCCAAAUUUUAAUUUUAGCUUAAUAGUUUUGAUGAUGAUUGUGAUUUGGAUGUUUAGCACUUGCUGUUGCAGCGGGGAAGAACGGCCAGAAUAGCAAGGGACACUCCAUACUCGCUUCCAAAUAGACUUGGGCAGCACAUGCUCUCAUGCAAGAGAGAACAGGGGUUGUGCAUUAGCUCCCUUUUGCUUAUAGCUGAUGCCAGUCCUCCAAUAGCAAGAAUUCCAGCUUUACAUUUCUUAGGUGUAUAUCCUUCUUUGCAAGGUAGCUGAACCUAAAAGCCUGUACACGUAAGUAAAGUCCAAAUCUAUUUAGGGUGCAAUUCUGCAGUCCUGUCUUGAUCAGAACUUCCUGGUAUGAUCCAUGAUGUGAAUUUUGCAUGGGCAAGCUUUUAAGAGAGCUGAGGGGAAACAAACAUUAAGAAGUCAUCCUGGUUAUCAGAAGCUCAUACCAAUAAACCGGGAGGGUAGUUGCUUUUAUUGCAUGAUUUUGAGAUAGAUAGAUAUAAAAUACACAUACAGAGAGAGCUAUAUAGUGUAGAGCAUUGUUGAGGAUAAUAUUAAAGUGACUUUUGGCAGGCACCAGAAAGAUAAGGUGCAGCACUUAUCCAUUCAGUGGACUUUGGAUCAUGCCCAUAGCUCAGAGUAAAUAACACACUGCAUACAGGAAGAGUCAUUCUUCCAAAUGCCAAUUCACACUUGCUGGCUACCAUGACUUAGCUUACAAAAAAACUAGCCACUAGCCAGGUUGCCCUUUAAGAGUUUACCUUGACUAGGAUUUAAAGGUAUGGUGGUAGAAGGGGCCAGCUAACUGACCUGUUCUAAAAGUCCAGACAAGGCCGUGUAUAAUCUUAAAUUGUGCUGAGCUGUUCAACAUUGCUGAUAUUAAGGGAAUUCACUGCCGUCUCUACACUAGACUUUUAGAACGGAUUAGUCGCCACCAUCAGACAAUGCAUCUUUAAAUCCUAGAACCGACAGACCCUUAAUGGGUCUUUCACAACUCAUGUGCCAUUAAUCUAUACUUUGAGUCAAUAAAAUCCAUUGCACUGUAUAAUUUACUUAAAGUUGCUCCAGUAAGCAGGAGAGUAACAUUUUUUAACUGGAUCUCACCAGAGCACAUCCUUUACCCACACCCAUGUCCUUGCUCAUCACUUAACCUUUUCACUGCUGCACAGAAGAGCAUGUGCCUGUCUAGGUGUUUAUACCGUGCCCACCACCAUGAUAUCAGAGCGCUUUAGUGCACCCAUUUUAAACAAAUGGAGGAGAAUACACCUGAAAUGCUUCACAUCAGGGAAUUUUUAGAUAUUAACUCUUGGGACUUUAAUCAUGUUCAAUAACCAGGCUAAUCCUAUCCACAGCUUUAAUAUGGGUACGGAAGACAAUUAAGAUCCACUGUGUACUACAUGGAGCAUGUUGCAGCCAGUUGCCUUGAUAGUUGAAUCCACAGUAUAGAUCAGCCCUAAACCAGUCCAGAGUGAGGCUGCACGAAGACAUUCCUCUGGGUUUUAUUUCCUACUCCGCACAGCAACCAAAUUAAAUGCAGUGAUUAAAACCUAUAUUUGCAAGACAUAGCCUUACCAUGUAGCUUAGCCUAGCACUCUGUACCUCCAUAGACAGAUGCAGAUCAUGUAUGGGUUGCUGUAGUUAAGGGCACUUCAGCCAGGUCUGUGCUACAAUAAAUUCCACUGUAAAUGUUGCAUUGCAUUCCUUAAAUUGUGCAGUUUGGGUUUUUGGAGGGGCCAAUAAACUAAAAUUCUUGCAGAUUUUUAACUGUAAAGGUAAUCCUUAGGUUACUUUUUUUUGGGCUAAAACUUGAAGCAUAGUGGAAAAUAUGUAUUAAUAAAACUGGAUGUCUGAUAUUUCCUGCACCUACUUUGAACUUGCACACAAGUUUAUUUUUUAACUGGAUGUUAGUGUCACAGCUGUAACAAUAGAGUUGUCCACUUUCAUGGCACCAUUCUUAGUGGAGUGAAUUCACCGUGGCCUGUAGAGGUGGCAUAAACCCCUCUGGACAACUUAUGCUGCGUGUCAGGCCUAUGAAGAAUGGUGUGGAAAGGGGUACCCUCUAUGCACCAGAGAGGAGAUCUCUUUGGGGUAGGCUGGCACUUAAAUGGAUCCAGCGUCCAGCAACCACCCUGUAGAGUGUGUAGAGAGAAUGCAGCUAUUCCACCCUACAGACUGGAACAGAGACCAUGCAUGACUGUACUGUAACCCCGGUCUUCCCAACAUGUACCCCAUCUUGUCUCCUACACUGCCCAAAGCCCAUUUCCCCAGGCUUGGUGCAGGGAGAAUUUCACUCCAUAUGACUACUUUAGUAUGCUACAGAGCAGUAAAUGUUGCACUUACAGUAUGUUUAAAUACUGGUAUAUUUUGAGAAUUACUGUAAAUUCUAUCAUGGGAGCCAUUCGGUUUGCUUUGUUGCACAGACUGUACUUAUGUUUAUUGCACGAUUAUUUUUAGUCCUUGUGCCUUUACUCACCUGCCAUGAGGCUACAGAGUUUUUUUCCAUAUUUUAUCUGCUAUUUUGGGCACAUAUAUAAUUUUUUUUCCAUUUGUUCAUCUCUGCAUUUCAUGUACUGUAAAGGUGUAUAUAUAAAAUAGACCAGAUUUGUAUUUCAUGUGCAUCCAUGGGAUGUAAAAAACAAACUCAUUUUGUACAGGUUUUUCUUAGACGCACUUUGUCAUGCCCUAACCUACUUAGCAAAUUAAAUUUAAAAAUAAUUAGCAGUUCUGUGUUAUUUUAGAAGCAUCACAUUGGAUGCCUGGUAUCUUUUGUAAAGUGAUGUCUCUCUCUCGCGCGUGGGCGCACACACACGCAUGCACACAAAAGCACUAAUCUAGUGUGCUAAUGUCAUUUAUUAUGAGGCCAGUUGUAUCUUGUCCAUGUCAGUGAAUUCAAAAUAACUAAACCUCUACAUUUAGUUAGGGCUUGAUUUGACAAUUUAUGGUUUUUAUUCACGGUAGAGGCGAGCGGUUUCCUUUUACUUCAAAUGACCAGGAGACACAAAUCUCAGCUCAUCUCAGGUCAAUUUCAGUUUAAGGAGUAGUUUUUUGGUGACUCAUUUUGCCAGCUGAACCCAAAAGCAAAAUCAGAGGGCCUACCGCUUCCCCCGGUGUAUCAAAGUUAAAACUCUUUGUAACUCAUCCUGGGAUUCUUGGCUCUACGCUCUCAUGCUGAGUGGGAAUUUGUCCAAAGAAAGAGCUUCAGGAUGCCAGGGGUUAGUUUGAAAAUAAAUGUGAUGAUACAACCUGAGGAUGGAAUAAGAAGUAACUUGCUGUCUGAAGGGAAGAUCUACACAUACUCUUUGUACCAAUUUAACUGGAAGUUUAUAUAGUUAGAUCAGAGCAGUUCCCUGCUGUGGACAGUUAUGCUGGUAUAAAAAACCAAAAGGUGCUCAUGCUGGGUUAGUGUAUGGAAAUAAGCUAUACUGCUAGACCAAUAUCACCACAGCUGCACAGUGGGAUUGCAUGAUCUGAUUAUAUUGAUUUCUACAUCAAUAUAGAUAAAAUGGUACAAAAAUUGUGCAGAAGUGUCCUAAUGGGCAGUGUGGGGUAAUCCCCUUUACGGCCUCUUCAGAGGAAUAUCUCCCCCUGACCUUUCACAUUGCCCCCAAAGCUGCCGUGUCCUGUCUGUGGGUUUGGUCAAUGGUAAAACUCCCAGUGACUUCAGUGGAGGGCUUAAUCCAAAACAUGAAGUGGUCAAGGAACAGACUCCUGUUGGCUUUGGAUCAGGUCCUAAAUACACUAGAGCAGGGGUUGUCAAACUUCAUUGCACCGCAGCCCCCUUCUGGCACCCAGGACAGAAGCCCUGGGGCUUUGGCCACGCGUGGUGGGGCUCAGGCUUGGGCUUCAGCAAGUUUAACGUCAGCCCUGACAAUCCCAUAAAAACAGACUUGCGCCUCACUUUGGGGUCCUGACCCACAGUUUGAGACCCCCUGCACUAGAGCAUGACAGUAAUACCAAUUCAAAGCACUUUACAGAUGGGGAAAAUGAAGGUGCAGGCCUCAUGAGCAUCUUUGGGCUGUUAAAGCAGACCCAGGAGCAAAGCCUCCAGCCUCUCAGUAUAGUUCCUGCUCAUUCAACCACAGAAUCAGAAACCAGAGUAGGAAAUGUCCUAGGAGGUAGAGAGGAUCCAAUCUCUGGCCAGCCAGGGACCUGGCUUGAAAAUUGCUUAGUGCCCUCAGAUAGGGUUACCAGAUUUGAACAUUCAAAAAAAGAGGAUACUCUGGCAGGGGAGGGAAUUUGCUCAUGCCCCCCCUGCCCCGACCCCACCCCUUUCCUGUCCCCAUUCCAACCCCUUCCCCAAAUCCCUGCCCCAGCCCUACCUCCUCCCUUGAGCACACCACAUUCCCCCUCCCACGCAAAACAGCUGUUUCAUGGUGCAAGCACUGGGAGCUAGGGGGAAAAAGUGGGCACUUUCUCGAGUGAUCAACAUUCACUCUCUUUCUUGAAUGAUCAACUCUUCUUUGGGGAAGAAUAAUAAUGGCAAAAUCCCAGACGUUUUUAGAUAUUUAAAAAUUCCUCCCAGACUGCAAUUUAAGAACCAAGAAGCCAGACGUGUCUGGGAAAAUAUGGACAUAUGGUAGCCCUACCUCAGAACUGCACCAGAUGAAAUUGAUGGAAGCUGAAGACCAUUUGAGGGUGCUCAUCUCCUUAAACGAUCAGGCCCCUGAACCAUGCCUUACAUCAUAUUUUCUAGUGCUUUGUCCAUACCCGGUACAUAGCAUCGGCUCUUAGAGACAAUGUGAAAACACAUCAUGGCAUGUUGCAAAAAUAAAAAACCCAAGAAGCUAUGGUUUGAGAGUACCUCAUUCCAAUUCCCACAGAGCAGAAGUAAGUUGAAAUGAAUCUGUUGCCCACUUCACAGACCAGGGGAUUGUAAAACUGCUUUGAGGGAUGAUUUUUGAAUUUCAAAGAUUGCUUGGUAUGAACCAUAAUAAAACCCAUCACCUGGUCACUGAAACAGACCUGAAAUGGGUAGCCUACUAAAACAGCAUGAUUAUUUUUAAUCUCAUCCUGUUAAUUACAACACAAGUGGUAUAAAUAUUGUUGCAGUGUGUCACCAGAUCACUUUCUCUGUAUUUUCUUGUGAUAUAUUUUAUGGAAAAAAGCUAUUCUCAGUAAUGCCGAUCAUUACAGGUAGCUGUAAUGUUGUACAAACAGAUGUGUAAAUAAAUUAUUUGCUUUUCCUGCA